AUGGGGAUCGGGGACAUCAGCAUCCUCCUGCAAGUGCUGGAGGUGCAUCACACCUCUGUACCUCAUGUUGUCACAGCGUGUCCCAUCCUCCACAACAUCUGCCUCUGUGUUGACGACAACGAGGCCCCAGAGGAAGAUGUGGAGGUGAUGAUGAGGAGGAAGCUGGUUUGGAGGCCACCAGCGGUGCUCUCUGGCAGGACCAACUACCUGCUGAGGUUUCUGCAAUGGAGGAGACGGUUCUCGGAGGAGCUUAAGACGGUUUUCGACCCCAUUCAACCCCACAGAGAGGCUGCCCGACAAUUAACAAAGAUACGCCAAGGCAGGGACACCGUUGACGAUUACGUCAUACGUUUUCGUACUAUGGCAAGCUACAGCAAGUGGAACGAGGAGGCCCUAUACGACAUGUUUUAUGAGGGGCUAUCGGACGUCGUCAAGGAUGAAUUAGCUGCACGAGAGCUUCCAGGUCGUAUCUGGCUCAACACGUGUGUGAGCCUUUCUCUACUCUCCUCCCCCCAAGUCAAUCCAAGAACAAGGGCCUGUUUCCAUGUCAAGAACCAGGCCUGUCCUGGUUACAACGUCACAAUCCACAAGUUGACUGGCGAACAGGGCGGGUCCUGGCCUGGAGUGCAGACUGUCUCAGCUGCUGUCUCGGUGCCACGGGAGUUCAUUCCUUUUCUGAUCAGAGCAAAUCCUGUGUGGAGAAAUAUCCUGAUCUCACCAAGGUGCCCACCAUAUACCACGACCUCAAGGAAGUCUUCAACAAGACCUGGUUCACGUAAUGCCAAGGCUGACGCACUGUCCCGCAGGGAUGGUUGUCCUUCGGAGAGGGUGUCCCCCGACUUCAUCUUGCCGGCCUCUGCCCGAUUAGCGGUCAUCAGUACGGACAUCGAAGAGGAGGUCAAGUCAUCCACGUCUCCACCUUCUGGGCUGCUCCGACCCUUGUCAGUCCCAAGAAGACCCUGGUCCCAUAUCUCUCUAGACUUUGUCACGGGACUUCCGCCAUCCGAAGGGAAGACGGUAAUUCUUACUGUGGUGGAUCGAUUCUCCAAAAUGGUCCGUUUUGUUGCUCUUUCCAAACUCCCCACAGCUAAGGAGACCGCUGAAGUCCUGCUUGGCAACAUUUUCCGGAUCCAUGGCAUCCCCAGAGAUAUCGUGUCUGACCGGGGCCCUCAAUUUACAGCCACGUUUUGGGCAGAGUUCUGUCGUCUGCUUGGGAUCUCCGUGAGUCUGUCCUCCGGUUUUCACCCCCAGUCCAAUGGUCAAUCGGAGCGUCUAAACCAACAGUUGGAGACCAGCCUUCGCCUCCUUUGUGCCCGUGAGCCGACUUCGUGGUCCCGUAACCUGGUCUGGGUGGAGUAUGCCCAUAACGCCCUUCCCUCUUCAGCCACGGGAUUGACCCCUUUCCAGGUUGUGUUUGGCUACCCACCACCUCUGUUUGCCUCCCAGGAGGGGGAGAUUUCCGUCCCUUCAGCCUAUGCCUCAGUUCGGAGGUGUCGACAGGCUUGGCGCAGGGCUCGACAGGCUCUCCUGCGGACUGUGGAGACCUACCGCACCGCUGCCAAUAGACGCCGUGUCCCUGCUCCUCCCUACCAGACGGGACAGAAGGUUUGGCUUUCCACAAGCAACCUACCUCUUCAUUUGGAGAGCAAGAAGUUGGCGCCACGGUUUGUUGGACCCUUUCCCAUCUCUAAGGUUGUCAAUCCAGUUGCUGUCCGUUUGCGUCUGCCCAGGUCUCUCCGUAUACAUCCCACCUUCCAUGUCUCCAAGGUCAAGCCUGUCAGGACCAGCCCUCUCGUUCCUCCUCCUGCUGCCCCUCCCCCGGCUCGAUUCAUCGACGGGGGUCCGGCAUAAACUGUCAGGCGCCUGCUCCGGUCUCGCCGCCGUGGGCGAGGGUUACAGUACCUGGUUGAUUGGGAGGGUUAUGGACCUGAGGAGCGUUCGUGGGUUCCUGCCCGUUUCAUCCUUGAUCCUGCCUUGAUCUCCCAAUUCCACCAGGACCAUCCCGAUCAGCCUGCUCGACCGUCUGGGGCCGGUCGUUAAAGGAGGGGGUACUGUCAUGGCUCCCCUAGGCCACGCCCCGCAGCUUGUCAGACUGAUCACCUCCACCUGUGCUCCUCUC